AUGGGUCUCAUGGACAAGCUACAAGCCAAACUCGAGCUCUACCGCCUCGAACAACGGUACGCCCGCCGCAAGCACCGCAGCACAUUCUCCACGGGCGCGCAGUACAUCGACGGCGAGUAUGUCUACUCAACUGGCGCAAACUCACCCACUAGCACCGUCUCCAAACAUUCUACAGGCUCCUGGCGGCCAUCGGGGUGGGGAAGUGGCAGUAGCCAAGCGUCACGGUGA